CACGGCGCUCCUGAUUGGUGGAAAAGGCAGAGGAGAAGGGGGCGUGUCCUGGCUCGGGGAGACGCGCCAUUUUACCAGCGUAGUGCAGUAGCAUUGGGGCUCAGGGUGUCGCAGCUCGCCCGGUGGAAUUGAAUCUCUGGAGUCAUGAAAACCUAUAAGCAAAGAGAUAAACAGGGGACAAAAACUCAGGAAAGUGUCAAAGCACCUGAUGAAGCAAAGAUAAAGGCAUUAUUAGAAAGGACUGGCUAUACAUUGGAUGUUACAACAGGUCAAAGGAAAUAUGGAGGUCCUCCUCCAGAAUCCAUAUCCUCUUGUGCUCAACCUGGGAUUGGAACAGAGCAGGUAUUUGUUGGCAAGAUACCAAGGGACUUAUAUGAAGAUGAACUGGUACCGUUAUUUGAUAAGGCAGGUCCUAUUUGGGAUUUACGACUGAUGAUGGAUCCCCUUUCUGGCCAGAAUAGAGGCUAUGCUUUUAUUACAUUUUGUAAUAAGGAAGCAGCCCAGGAAGCGGUUAAAUUGUGUGACAACUAUGAAAUAAGACCUGGAAAGCACAUUGGUGUAUGUAUUUCUGUGGCAAACAACAGAUUAUUUGUUGGGUCCAUACCUAAAAACAAGACAAAAGAAAAUAUUCUGGAGGAGUUCAGUAAAGUUACAGAGGGGUUGGUGGAUGUGAUCCUCUACCAUCAACCUGAUGACAAAAAGAAAAAUCGUGGUUUCUGUUUUUUGGAGUAUGAAGAUCACAAAACCGCUGCUCAGGCCCGCCGCCGAUUAAUGAGUGGGAAGGUGAAGGUGUGGGGCAACAUAGUGACUGUAGAAUGGGCAGAUCCAGUGGAGGAGCCAGAUCCUGAAAUUAUGGCAAAGGUUAAAGUACUGUUUGUGAGAAACCUGUCUUCUACAGUUACUGAAGAAAUCCUGGAGAAAGCCUUUGCUGUCUUUGGAAAGCUGGAACGAGUGAAGAAACUAAAAGAUUAUGCAUUUGUUCACUUUGAGGACAGAGAUUCUGCAGUGAGGGCCAUGGAUGAAAUGAACAACACAGACCUGGAAGGGGAAGAAAUUGAAAUUGUUUUGGCAAAGCCUCCCGAUAAAAAGAGAAAAGAACGGCAAGCUGCACGACAGGCUUCCCGUGGUAAUUCAUAUGAUGAUUAUUACUACUAUCCCCCUCCACGCAUGCCACCACCAGGAAGAGGCAGGGGUCGGGGCGGUAGAGGUGCAUAUUCUUACCCACAAGACUAUUAUGGUUAUGAAGAUUAUUAUGAUGAUUAUUACUCAUACGAUUACCAUGACUACCGUGGAGGCUAUGAUGAUCCUUACUAUGGUUAUGAUGAUGGAUACCCAGUGAGAGGAAGAGGUGGCAGAGGUGGUCGAGGUGGUCCUCCACCACCUAGGGGAAGAUCAGCACCUCCUCAACGUGGAGGCCGCCCAGCUUAUUCCCCAAGAGGAUCUCCCAUGGGCCCACCUAGAGGAGCACGGGGUGGAAGAGGAGGGCCUUCGCAGCAACAACAGCGAGGACGAAACUCACGUGGCAAUCGUGGUAGUAGAGGUGGGAAUGUUGGUGGAAAAAGAAAGGCAGAUGGAUACAACCAGCCAGACUCCAAACGCCGCCAGACCAACAACCAGCAAAACUGGGGGACCCAGCCCAUAGCCCAGCAGCCAUUGCAACAAGGCGGUGAUUACACUGGAGAAUCUGCUCUGUCCUGAAUUCUUACGGAUGGGAGGUAUGACAGGCUGCAAUGUCCUUGAGCCCUUAUAAACCUCGGAUUACUUGGUUGUUCCAAAAAGAAUGGGUAAGCCAGAAUUACAGUAAGUAUGUUAUAAAGGGUUGAUCGAGCCUUAUCAUAAAUUAUUACUCAGGCCAGGUCUAUAUGUCUGCUUAUUCACUCUCCAAUGAUGAUUAGGAAAACAAAAAGGGACAUAGUAGUUACUAUUUAUUUUGCCUGGAAGUUAGUCAUAAUUUUCCUUGCCUGAUUAAAGCAGUUUGUCUCAGAAUAUAUAGUUCAGAUAACUUUAUUCCCAAGCAAAUCUAAUAAAAAAAAUGUUUUCAUGUAAAGCAAGCCUGUCCAGGCUUCUUCCUCAUUAGCUCCAGCGUUUUGUGAAUGACAUACUCUUAAGUGACACCCGCAUGUAUUAGAAAUACAAAUAAAUGCAUAUCUACAUACAUAACAAUAUGUAGGUAGAUAUGCAUUUAAAACUAAGGAAAAGCAUCACCUUUGUUUUAUCUUUAGCUGCAGAUUCUUGCAGUCAUUAUAUUAAGCGGAAAUGCUAAAUAUGAACUCCACCCCCAGCAGAGGUUUGUGAGAGAAGUUAUUCUGUAGCAUCAAUUUAAUUCAUGAAAAUACAGGAAUAAAACUAUGGUCCAAACUGCCUUGUCUCCCUGUGAACUACACUGAUCUGCCACAACAUUAAAACCACUGACAGGUGAAGUGAAUAGCUGGUUAUAUCAUUAUAGUGGCACCUUUCAAGGGAUGGGGGAUAUAUUGGGAUUGUGUUUGAAGCAGGUAAAAUGGGCAAGCGAAGGAGAUAUGAAUGACUUUUACAAGUGCCAAAUAGUGUUGCCUAGACGACUGGGUCAGGGUAUCUCCAAAACAAGUUUGGGGUGUUCUAGGUAAGCAGUGAUUAGUACCUACUAAAAGUGGUGCAAGGAAGGACAAGCAGGACAGCAUCGGGGUCAUGGGUGCCCAAGGCUCAUUAAUGCAAGUGGGGAGGGAAGGCUAGCCCAUCUGGUCUACUCAUACAGAAUAGCUACUGUAACUCAAAUUACUGGCCAUGAUAUGAAUGUGUCAGAACACACAGUGAAUUUCAGUUUGCAGAGUAUGGGGCUGCAUAGCUAGACCGGUCAGAGUGCCCAUUAUGACCACUGCUGUGAGCGUCAGAAAUUGAGCAAUAGAAACAGGUUGCCUAGUAUGAUUAGUCAAAUUUUCUUUUAGAUAAGGUGGAUGGCUGGAUACAUGUGUGUUUUUUACAUUGGGAAGAGAUGGCAACAGGAUGAACUAUGGGAAGAAAGCAGGCCGGCAGAGACUGUAUUAUGCUCUGCCUAAUUGUCUGCUGGGACACCUUUGGUCCUGGCAUUUGUGUGUAUGUUACCUUGACAUGUACCACCUACUUAGAGAUUGUUGCGCACCACAUACACCAAUUAUGUUUCCUAAAAUUGUGCCCUCUUUCAGCAGACUAAUGCACCCUGCCACACUCCAAAAAUUGCUUUGGCCUCCAAAUUCACUAGAUCUCAAUCUGAUUGAGUAUCUGUGCAAUGUGAUUGAACAACACAUACAAUCCAUGGAGAGCUCACCUUGAAACUAGCAGGACUUCAAGAAUCUGCUUCUAAUAUCUUGGUCCCAGAUAGCACAGGACACAUUCUAAGGUCCAUGCAUUAGAGCUGUUUUCACAGCACGAGGUGGACCUACACAAUAUUAAGUAGGCAGUUUUAAAGUUGUGGCUGAAUAGUGUUAUAUUUAUUUAAAAAUUAAAAAACACCUCAUAAACCCCUUUUUCAUGCUUUUAUCAGCCAUACUGUUCUGCUCAUUCUCUUUCUCUCUCUCUCUCUCUCUCUCUCUCUCUCCAUUUUUAAAAAAAAAUAUUUAUUACAUCACUAAUGAUCCUAAUGUUGGUGAAGAGUGGGCACAAAAUACGUCUAGAUCAUUUUAUGGUUCAAAUAUCCAGAAAUUAAACAUUUUCAAAGGAUAUUCCGCCAUGCUUAUUUUACGUUUCAUGACCACAUCUCAUUCUCCAGGGCUCCGGUGAUACAGUUUAACUACCUUGAGCUCUUAUCCUUGCAGAACACAUUGUGCUGUUUGAUUUGAAAAAUUGCUAUUUACCAAACAUUUUCCAAUUGCUGAAAUAAGGGACAGUUAUCUAAUGUGUACCUACAUAAGCACUCUGGUGGCUCUUUAAGAAAUGAUUUAGGUAGCUGUUAAUGGUAGGCUGUUUAAAUAUCUGGAUUAUUAUUAUUAAAGGAACACUAAAGUUACCAGAACAAAUACAGCUUACUGUACUUAUUAUGGUGAGUAUAGUCAGUUCCUGCAGGCUUUUUGGUGUAAACACUGUCUUUUCAGAGAAAAGGCAGUGUUUGCAUUGCCCCUUAGGGACACCUCCAGUGGCCACUCCUCAAAUGCCCACUGGAUGUGCUACUGGGGCAGUGCUGCACAGUGUUUGCAUGGAGACACUGAACUUUCCAUUUAGAGAUGCAUUGAUUCAAUGCAUCUCUGAGGAGAUUCUAAAUGGCCAAGCCGGGGUUUGGCCCCACCCCCGUCCCUCCUACUUGCAAUCUAAGCUCUUUAACCCCUUAAGGACCAAAC